GGGCUACGGGGCGGGGCGAGCAGCUCGAGCCCCGGCGAGGUCGGUGUGGAUCCGCUGGCGCUCCGGCCCCCAGCCGCGGCUGCGAUUCCCAGCCCGCCGCCCUGCCGAGGGGGGAAGCGGGGAAAGGGGCGGUGGGGGCGGGGCGGCGUCCGGCUCCGGGCGAGCUGGGGGAGGAGCGCGGCGGCGACGGCGGCGGCUCCAGAAGAGGAGGAGAAGGAGGCGGAGGAUUCCCUUUCCUUUUCCCAGAUCCCGGAGCGUCCGGGACGUAGAGCCCGGAACUGGGGGGACGCGGCGACUGCGGGGGCCCGGGCAUCUCCCUGGAAAAAGAGACAUGAAUGUCUGCAAUGAUAUUUCCUGACAAGAAGUUGAUACAAGAGAAGGAAAGGAGAUCAACAGUGAGCAGAGUUUCAAGUAACCAGGAUUUUGUAUUUACCACCUCGAACUAUAGACUUCUGUUGCCUGCUUUUAAAUCAGAGAUAACUACAGUCAGACCCGGAUAACGCAAAAGAAUACUUUUCUUUUGUAUUUUUUGAGAUCAAAGAAACUGCAAUGUCUAGGAAACAGAACCAGAAGGAUUCAUCAGGAUUCAUUUUUGAUUUGCAGUCCAAUACUGUACUGGCCCAGGGAGGAGCUUUUGAAAACAUGAAAGAGAAGAUAAAUGCAGUGCGUGCAAUAGUUCCCAAUAAGAGCAACAAUGAAAUCAUCCUGGUUUUGCAGCACUUUGAUAAUUGUGUGGACAAAACAGUACAAGCGUUCAUGGAAGGUAGUGCCAGCGAAGUACUCAAAGAAUGGACAGUAACAGGCAAGAAAAAGAACAAAAAGAAGAAAAGCAAACCAAAACCUGCAGCAGAAACAAGUAACAGUAUCCCAGAUUCCAGUAAAUCGGUUUCCAUUCAAGAGGAACAGUCUGCGCCUUCCUCCGAGAAAGGUGGUAUUAAUGGUUACCACGUCAACGGUGCCAUCAAUGAUACUGAGUCUGUGGACUCACUCAGUGAAGGUAUGGAGACGCUUUCAAUAGACGCUAGAGAAUUGGAGGACCCUGAAUCAGCCAUGCCAGAUAUGCUGGACAGAACAGGAUCCAUGCUGGAGGAUGGUGGCUCUGAUUUUGAGUCCAAAUCUUUGACUAUGCACUCUACUCAGAAUUCUCAACAAAAUAGGAGUGCUGCCAAGUCUCUCUCAAGACCUACCGCUGGACCUCAGUUUUCAAAUCUGGGGAUGGAAGAUGUUCCACUCUCCUCCACCAACAAAAAGCUAGGUUCCAAUAUUGAAAAAUCUGUGAAAGACCUCCAGCGCUGUACAGUGUCUCUUGCACGGUAUCGAGUUGUAGUUAAAGAAGAGAUGGAUGCUUCCAUUAAGAAAAUGAAACAGGCUUUUGCUGAAUUGCAGAACUGUUUAAUGGAUCGAGAAGUUGCAUUGCUUGCCGAAAUGGACAAAGUGAAAGCUGAAGCAAUGGAAAUUUUGCUCAGCCGACAAAAGAAAGCCGAACUUCUAAAGAAGAUGACCGAUGUGGCUGUUCGAAUGUCAGAGGAGCAAUUGGUUGAGCUCAGAGCUGAUAUCAAGCACUUUGUUAGUGAACGUAAGUAUGAUGAGGAUCUGGGACGAGUAGCCCGGUUCACCUGUGAUGUAGAGACCCUAAAGAAGAACAUUGAUUCAUUUGGACAAGUGUCCCAUCCAAAGAACAGCUAUUCAACCAGACCCCGAUGUAGCUCAGUUACAUCUGUGUCCUUGAGUAGCCCGUGUGAUGCCUCUGCUGCUUCCUCUUCCACCUGUGCCUCUGCUCCCAGCCUUAUAAGUGCUAACAAGAAGAACUCAGCACCAGGAGAGACUCCUUCAGCCACAGCAAACUCCAGUGGCCGGCCCUACCAGCCUUAUCGAGAGGUAUUGCCGGGGAACAGACGAGGAGGACAAGGCUACAGGCCACAAGGCCAAAAGUCCAAUGACCACAUGAACCAAGGGCGACAUGACAGUGUGGGGCGUCACAGAAAUAGCUCAUGGUACUCAUCUGGUUCCAGGUAUCAGGGUGCGCCAGUCCAGGCACCAGGAAACAGUGAACGAGGCCAGGCUCACUCUGCAGGGACCAGUGGAACUGGAGCCAGCAUGGAGCCCAGCCCACCCAAGCCCUCGUUCAAAAAGGGGCUCCCCCAGCGCAAACCCAGAACCUCUCAGCCUGAAGCCGUGAAUUCGUGA